AUGGUGCAUCGUUUCCACAACAAUUUUUUCCAACAAAAUCAAAUUAUAACUGUUCCAGCACCCGAAGCAAUUGUCGCUGCAAUAGCAAAGAACAAAGAAUUUAGUGUUUUAGGAAGAAUUGAGAUUGGUUUAGGUAUUGGUGGUGGUGUGAUUAAUUCUAUGCUUUAUAAUGUUGAUGGUGGUCAUCGAGAUGUUAUUUUUGACCGUUUUCAAGGUGUUAAACUAGAUGUUAUUGAAGAAGGAACUCAUUUUAUGAUUUCAUGGCUUCAUAGACCAAUUAUAUUUGAUAUCUGUACACGACCACGAUCUCUUCCAUCAAUAACAGAAAUAAAAGAUUUACAAACAAUUAAUAUAACAUUACGUAUUCUUUAUCGAUCAAGAGCUGAACUUUUACCAAAAAUUUUUUGCAAGUUUGGGUUUAGAUUAUGA